CAGGCACCCCGCUAGGCCCAGAGUGGGUGAGUGCUUCUGCCUGCCAGUGACACCUUCAUUCCACUUCAUCGCCCUGGACCUCGCCCUGGCCUCCAUCUCCUCCGCCGCUAUUGUACAGUCUGCGAUCCGAGAUCGCUUAGCAUUGCCUUGGCUGACGACCAUUUACACUCUGUACCUACACGCUUGUCGGCUCCAGCUCCUGCGUCAUACCCGCCAACGGCAAUGUAUCAUCGAGAUAGUUCUUAAGUGACAGCCUGCGAACGUCCUCCAUCAACCCUAUCACAGCCACCCGUUUCCACUGACCCCCCUGCGCUUCCACCAUGCCGUCGAUUUUGUCGGAUGCAGAUAAGGACACGGUGAAGAGAACGGUUCCUAAGCCGGGCAACAAGAUUCUUGCUGUUGGUGUCGCGCGACUCUACGUUGCUCACCCGAACACCCAGAGAUGGACGUAUACAGGGCUCCAGGGCGCUGCCGUUCUUGCUAACGACCUAGUCGGCCACACUUUUUGGCUGAAACUCGUUGAUGUCUCGCCUGCGAGCCGUGGAGUGAUCUGGGAUCAGGAAGUCUAUGAUGGGUUUCAUUACAAUCAGGAUCGUGUCUUCUUCCACACAUUCGAGCUUGAACAGUGUCCCGCUGCCCUAUCCUUUGCCGAUGAAAAAGAGGCAAAGACUUUCCUGAAGAAGAUGCAUGAGCGUGAGAAACAUGCCAGCAAAGAAACCAAAGCGACACCCUUUUCAUCGACUCGGGGACAAGGACCAGCUCCGGUAUCAAAUGGAAAAUCAGGCCGUUCACUUUUCGGCAGCCUCUUGGGUCGAGGCUCAUCUGCCCCAAUGCCCGCCCCAAUGCCCGCACCAGUCGCACCAGUCGCACCAGUCGCACCAGUCGCACCAGUCGCACCAGUCGCACCAGCUGCACCAGCUGCACCACCGCCCAUGAUAGCUCCCAAACAGCCAUCGCCAUCACCAGCCCCAGUGCUAGCCCCAACACCAACACCCCGCUCGUCGUCAUUGGAUCUUACAGACCCGGCGAUUCAGGGAGUACUAGCAGAAUUACGAGGGAUGGGGAUUACUGAUGACCAGAUUAAGGACAAUGAAGACUUUAUUAAAUCCUACAUUCAGCAACAAGCCGACAGUGCUGAUGGAGCGGCAGCCUCGUCUGAAGACCAAAGAAGAGCAAAGCAACCUCCGCCACCCCCACCAACAGCACCUCCACCCCUGAAGGGAGCUGGAAUCGUUCCUCAGACAAUCGUUCCUCAGACAAUCAGUCCUCAAAAUACUGGCGGUAGUGGUGGUCGGCGUGGCCCUCCCCCGCCUCCUCCGUCGCGCCGACGAGCAGAUGCAUCUCCAGCCCCCCAAGAGCCUGAAGCUCCGGCUCCAGCACCUCCCCGAGAACCCUCACCACCAAGGCCUAGGUUUCGAGCACCACCGCCAAUUGCCGAUGCAGGCAGAUUUGCCCAGCCAGUGACUGCCCCUGGUCGACCCCGUGCCUCAUCUAAUGUAACACCUGGACCACCUCCACCUCCACGACCACCAAAGACUCCUUUAGAGGACAACCAGGCCCCGUCACCUCCUCCUAGGGCUCAUGGUGUUGCCCCUCCAUUCCACGGCGACCGCAAAGUUUCCGCUCCGCCAGCACCACCAAGUCGCAGCCCAGCCCAUGCUCCUCCACCACCGCCGCCUCGCGACGCCAGUCCGCAGCUCAGAAAUCCGCAUGGAGCAGCAGCUCCUGUUCCUCCACCGCCUCCAGCAAGAGUUCCUAUUUCUCCUCCGCCUCUGCCUCCAACGAAUUCACGUCCUCCGCCGCCUUCUGGUGCGGUGCCUCCACCAUUCCCUCCACCAUUCCCUCCACCGUCUACAGGCGCGCCAUCAGCACCUCCUCCGCCCCCUCGCUCAGCAGUACCACCACCACCUCCCCCUCCUCCUCCACCUACUGCUGGUGUUCCUCCACCACCACCACCACCACCACCACCUCCUCCACCGUCUACCGGUGUUCCGCCUCCCCCUCCUCCCCCUCCAGGCGGAUCAGGUCCUCCCCCUCCGCCGCCGCCGCCAGGAGGGCCAGCUCCACCUUCUCUACCAUCAGGGGGUGGCGAUGGGCGCGACGGCCUGCUUGCGGCCAUUCGUGCAUCUGGUGGUACAGGUGGUGGAGGAUUGCGAAAAGUCGGGGAUACUGAAAAACGUGAUCGAAGUGCCGCUAUGGUUCCAGGGGGGGCCAGUGAUGCUUCUGCAGCACCAAGUGCUGCGCCUGCCGGUGGUCUGGCGGAUGCAAUACAAGGCGCAUUAGCGAAACGGAAACAGAAAGUCAGCGGCAGCGAUGACGAAAAGGAGGACGAUGAUGAAUGGUAAUGCAGAUGUUCGUAUAUAUAUACCUAUUUUCGAAUCACCGCCAGCAGCAAAGGUAGUUAAGCCACUCAUUAUCGGCGUUUGGGAAUUUCGGCGCAUAUCUAUGCUUAACUAUACCGUACGUAGUCGCGCUGUAUGCGUUGAUGGCAAACAUGGACAUACAAUCAUGUUAGAUAGAACCGCGCUGCUAGCGUAGAAAUCUAACGACCGAACAAUCAUUUGGACUACAUUCGAUUGUAUCAUCAUAACAAUAUGUGCAGAUGUGGUAAUUUUAGAUGUGACGGCAUUGGCCCAAUCGCCGGCGUUACGUUAUUCCGCUUAUC